AUGGAUGGGCCGGACACACCUUCCGUGGUGGUGAAAACCCUGUCCUGAUCUGCAGACUGCUCUGGGACUCUGCCAGAGGCGCCGCUGAGGGCCAGGGACGCACCUCGCCUGCCUGAUCCCUUCCCAGUCCCCGUCCCAGCGCACUCGCUCCCCGCGGCUCCCGGGCAGCGGGCGCGCACCAUGCUGCCCAGCGCCGUGGCAGCCCAGGCCGGAGCCUACUGGGAUGUGGUGGCGUCCUCGGCACUCCUCGGCCUCCCAGCGCCGGGCUUCGGCAGCCUGGGCAAGAGUUUCCUGAUUGAGAACUUGCUGCGCGCAGGGGCCGGGCCCACGCACGCACCCCCGCCCCCGCGCCCCGCGCCGGGUCCCGAGUGUCCACAGCUACGACCGCUGCCUGCCAGCCCAGUGCCGCUCAAGCUGUGCCCAGCAGGGCCCUACGGUGCGCGCUGGGCCUUCCAGAUGCCCGGCCGGGUUCCAGGGGACCGAGACAGUGCCUUCCAACCCUCAACUCCAGUGCCUUCCAAACCCUUCCUCCUGAGCGCUCUGCCCUUCUACUCGGCGUGCUGCGGUGGGUCCUGCAGGCGCCCCGCCUCCCCCACAGCUUUUCCAAGAGAAGAACAUGGGCUGCCUCUGCUCACCCAGGACUCAAAUUCCAAAGCUCGAAGGGGGAUUUUAAGAAGAGCUGUGUUCUCAGAGGACCAGAGAAAGGCUCUGGAGAAAAUGUUUCAGAAGCAGAAGUACAUCAGCAAAACAGACAGAAGGAAACUUGCUGUCAGCUUGGGACUGAAGGAGUCACAGGUGAAGAUCUGGUUUCAGAACAGAAGGAUGAAAUGGCGGAAUUCCAAAGAAAAAGAAGUGCUCUCCAACAGGUGCCUCCAAGAAGUGAGCCUUCAAGAAGACAGGCUCGCACGGCCCGCUGUGGGCUUCCCUCCUCCGUGCCCUGCCCUGUGGGAAGUCUCCCAGCCGCACUCAAGCCCCAGCUGGAGGGAGAAUUCUCCAGAACCUGCAGAAAGACUGACCCAGGAGAACGCACGGGUACCAGAAGCAAAUUCACUCCGAGGUGCCUUGUACUUGGGUCCUGAGAAGGACGCCGGAGACAAGGAUGGACUCACUAGCGCCAUCUGAAGGGAGCAUGCGCCAUGCUCAACUAAGAGAACCCUUAGCCUGUAACAUUGGGAUUAAAGCCAAUUAGCGUGUGUCUCAACCCUGCCUUAAACUAACACCUUGGCAUGAUACCUGAGCUGAAGCCUUAGAAGAGCCAGUCUGCUCUUUCUUGUUUAGCCCUAGACGGAGGCUCAGUGUCUAAAUGGAGUAGGACCUCCCAGGAGGUACGAUAGGACUGAAAGAUAAG